UCAGAUGCCUUGGAUGCAGCUAGAGGAUGAUUCUUUGUACAUAUCCCAGGCUAAUUUCAUCCUAGCCUACCAAUUCCGCCCAGAUGGUGCCAGCUUGAACCGUCGGCCCCUGGGGGUCUUUGCUGGGCAUGAUGAGGAUGUUUGCCACUUCGUGCUGGCCAACUCACAUAUUAUCAGUGCAGGAGGAGAUGGGAAGAUUGGCAUUCAUAAGGUUCAUAGCACCUUCACUGCCAAGUACUCAGCUCAUGAACAGGAGGUGAACUGUGUGGAUUGUAAAGGGGGCAUCAUUGUGAGUGGCUCCAGAGACAGGACGGCCAAGGUAUGGCCUUUGGCCUCAGGCCGGCUGGGGCAGUGCUUACACACCAUCCAGACUGAAGACCGAGUCUGGUCCAUUGCUAUCAGCCCAUUACUCAGCUCUUUUGUAACAGGGACGGCUUGUUGUGGGCACUUCUCACCCCUGAGAAUCUGGGACCUCAACAGUGGGCAGCUGAUGACACACCUGGGCAGUGACUUUCCCCCAGGAGCUGGGGUGCUGGAUGUAAUGUAUGAGUCCCCUUCCACACUGCUGUCCUGUGGCUAUGACACCUACGUUCGCUACUGGGACCUCCGCACCAGUGUCCGGAAAUGUGUCAUGGAGUGGGAGGAGCCCCAUGACAGCACCCUGUACUGCCUGCAGACAGAUGGCAACCACCUCCUGGCCACAGGUUCCUCUUACUAUGGUGUUGUGAGGCUGUGGGAUCGGCGCCAAAGGGCCUGCCUGCAUGCCUUCCCACUGACAUCAACCCCCCUCAGCAGUCCUGUGUACUGCCUGCGUUUUACCACCAAGCAUCUCUAUGCUGCAUUGUCUUACAACCUUCACGUCCUGGACUUUGAAAACUUGUGACAGGGCCACCCCUGCCUGUGGGCCAGGAAAAUCAGCUACUCAGGGACCUCUCUUGCCCAGAGGGUGUGGUGAUUCCUCCACUCCAGUUGCCCCCUGUGCUCCUGGACUCGUGACCACAGUGCUUGGGCAGCUUAAGCUAGAGGCCACUGAUUCCUGGGGUUUUGGGGUUUACCCAGAGAUGCAGUCCCUUCCAGGAGCCUGCUGGAGAGACACGACCUGCUGCUUUAAGAGAGCACAGCUAAACCCAGGCCGUGCGUUCCUGUUUGGCCAGAGCAAGGAUCUGGCCUGGAGAGGCCCAGCCUGCCCCCAACUCUCUGUUAGAGCCAUGAUAGCCUAUAGAGUGAGGUGAGGUGUUCCCACCUUCCCAGUUGGUCCCUUUCUGCCCCUUCUCUGGAAGGAGAGGUAAGGCCGCCAAUACCCCUGCUGGCACCAGCCACCUCCCUCAGUCAGACCCCACCCUUGACCAACCUCUUGGGGCUGAGGGUUCAUUCCCAGGGCACUGUGGCCUAGUUUCACUUUGAAACCAAGAAAGGACAAAAGGGAACCCAUGAGUUUUGAGUGAGUUCUGAGCCAGCCCUACCUCAGGCUGGCUGCUGAAACAUACUGCAAUUUUCAUUUUUGUAAAAGUAAAGUUUGAUUGUUUACAGA